GCACUAUUUGAGCUAGUGAAAUGCAGCUUUAAUGCAGAAGAGGCACUAAGAAGAUAUCGCUUUAAUGUCAAGGUUUUCAAUGAAGAGCUUUGUGGCUGGAGUGAGGAGGAGUGUCGUAACUUUGAGUAUGGUUACCGUGCCCAUGGCAAGAACUUCAACCUCAUACAGGCCAACAAGGUCCGCACGCGCUCAGUUGGCGAGUGUGUAGAGUACUACUACAAGUGGAAGAAAUCAGAGCGGCAUGAGUAUUUCACACAGCAGGCCACCAAGCUGGGUCGGAAAAAGUGCAAUCUGCCAUCUGGCAACAUAGAAGAUGCUGGGCCAGAUGGAAACACUGGUGAUUUGGAAGGUGCCAAUCAAGGUUUGCCAGUUAGGACUUCCAUUCAACUCCAACCUCCAUCGCCACCUGCAGUCAUGGAGCUGGAUAAACAAGAGGACAGCCUGAAUUGCACAGCUCAGUUUCACGGUCGUCCACGACGGAAACGCACGCCACGCUUCCUAUUAAAGCCCUGAGCUUCCUGCUCACUGACAGCCUAAAACUGACAGAAACACAGGUUCUGAGCGAAACAGUGGAGAGAUGGAACUAUAUGCAGGAUCUUGCUCAAGCCCACAGGGGCAGCAGUCGUUCAGCCAAUUCUCGUUUCAGCCACCAGCGCUCCAGACGUCAGAUGUGUCCUCCCCGUCCCCCAAGCUUUACCUCUCCUCUCUAUCCUGUAGCCACUCCUUCCCUUCUCCUCAGCCAGACUCAGGGCUCCUUGGAGCAGGUUUUUCCCAGCUACGACUGGGGUCCUUUCCUGAAGAUCCUGCACCUGCUUGCUCAGAGAACAUUGCUCCCAGAAGGCUUCAACUUCAACACCGUCCUCGUCUGUCCCAUCCAGCCCAGAUUUUGGGAUAAUAGGUAGCCUCUUGUGCCCACCUUACUGCGUCAGCUCCGCACCCAUCAAACACAGCGACUCACCCAUUCCAGAUCUCUCAUUCACCUGGAAUUUGCAGUUGUCAUUUUCAGGCUACAUAAGAAAAGCCUGAGUUACAGGCAGAGUUUGACCAAAAAAAAUAACAUUCUGUCAUCAUUUACUCCCCUUCAUGUCAUUCCAAAACCUUCUGAGGAGCACAAAAGAAGAUAUUUCAAAGCUGAGUUUGUCAAUACAAUGAACGCCAACAGGGUCCAAAACUUGCAUAAUCCAAAAACAAAAAAAAUGCAUAAAUGUAGCAUAAAUUUAAUCCAAAAGUGCACUAACUUCAUCUAAUUUUCAGAUCUUUUUCUAAUAUUCCCCAUUGACUUAAAUAUUGAAGAAAGUAGGUCGUACAGGUUUGCAACAACGUAAGGGUGAGUAAAUGACGAUAGAAAUUAAAUAUCUGGUAAACAAUCCUUUUAAUCAAAGAAUGUGUUUAUAAUAUUUAAUCUGUGUUGCCUUUUAAACUACUAAACUAGUAACUGGGUGUUUUAGGGAGCUGGUUGUCUCGGUCAAACUGCUGUUUUUAAUUGACUACCUAAUUUUAAGCAGCUUUGGAAAUAUAAGAGGGUUUACAUCUCUUUGAGCUGUUUGGUCUCACUAAGACUCAUUUUCAGUAACCGUUCAGUAAUUUACUGCUUGUACAGUAAAUUGUUCCUUUCAUUGCAUAUAGAUCUUAUAAACUUUUGAAACUACUUUAUUAGAUCACUUAUUUCUUU